UGCUCGUGAACGAGGACCACAACUGACCUACGCACCGGGGCCUGGGUGAGGGCUGCGCUUCCAGUGCAGGGCACCAUGUACCGCAACUCGUCGAUGCCUGGCCCGAGCUCCGCCAACCCCAAGAAGGAACGCAAGGCCAGAGGAUGGAGCAUGUUCAACCGAGGAGGCUCCAGUGCUCACGUGACCGACAGCGGGGCAACGGUGCUUUGGUUGCCCUAUUGUUCGCACAAAGACCGAUGCGUCGACAGCACCGAAGCCUGCAAAACCGAGUGUCUCAGGCUGGUGACUGACCUGAACCGCGAGGUUUCUUCGCACCACUCGUUGGCACGCACCCUGGGUGGAAGUGGCGACAACAGCCAGUUGAGGGACGAACUGAAAAGGACGAGAAAAAGGGCGCAAGAACUGACCAAGCAGGCGAGACUCAAGCUGAUGCCCGCUCUGAGCGACUCAAAGUUGAAUGAAAAGGACAGAGCGGAGAUAGAAAGAUUAUGGUACCUCUACUGCUGUUGCGUUUGUAUUUUAGAGGGCGACAUGCAGCGUUCGCUGAGUUUGUUGCGGCUGUUUUCUCUGAGCGGAGCGCCGGCUGGCUUCAUCAACACGGGUCUUCACGAGUUUGGCGGCAUCUGUGCGGUGCUGCACCACAAACCGGUGGCCACGGUGGCCGCUGUGGCCGCCAUGGGUGGAUUCCGGCCGCCUACGGAACUCAACGCACCUCAAGACAAGACGGCGUUGGAAACAGCCGAACUUAACCAACUUCACAAAGAAAUUGUGGAUUUGCGCGAGGUGGUGCCGGAGUUUCAAAAGGGCGACCACAGCGUGAUCGACAUGAAAGAGUGGCAGCAACACAUGGAGCAGCAGAACGCCGCCCAAAACAACGGCAAGACCAAAGAUGGCUCGGAAAACAACGAGCAGUCUUUGGAAGAAGAGUGCCAGGUGGGAAUUGAAGGCGAAGGGAUGAGUCUGCAGCAGCGGCGGUUCAUUUGUUAUCUGCUAGUGGGCCUAGUCAGCGUUCUCGCCGUGGCCGCCGUCUUGUGCGCCUUGCUGGCUGUGCUGUUCUAGUGGCGGAGGCCCGGGUCACUCCCUUCGUCCCUGUUGGGUUCCCGGGCUGCUCGCCAUCAUUAGACUACUUUUUCCAGUCUUUCAGUCAGCCUCCCUCGACUCUGGGAACCACCACGCACUUUCUUGUUAUCACCGCCGUUUUUCUCUGUACAACUUGUUAAGUGAUGCUGGGACAAAAGUUUCUGACAAUACGACGUGCGAACGGACCUCUAAUGCGGUCGGUCCACGCUGUUAUAAAGGUGUUUUGGCAAGGCGGAAUACGCUCUUUUUUAUUAUUAUAUUAUAGUAGAGGGACUGAAUGUUGCGCUUUUGAAUGGGGAAGGGUAUUAAUGAAAACAUUUAGAAUGUUUAUGGCUUUGUGAUUUAAGCAUUUCUUUUGGUAGAAAUUUGUAGGAGAAUAUAAAAUGACAUUUUAAAAUUGAAUAGUUAAAAUUAUGUUGACGUUGUGCGAAGUUUGGGAAAUUUGUGCUUGAUGCUUUCAUUAGAGAGGCCUUAUACUUGUCCAUGUGGAAUUACUUAAACUUUUGCGCCAUUGCCUUUUCAUUGCGAAAAUAAUUGUAUUAUUUUCUAAGUAAUGGGAGGGAAGCUGACUAAUGUCGUUGCUUGAAAAAUUUAAGGAACUGCAACCAUUUAAUGAAACUUGAAAACUAAACACUCUAGGUGGAUUUCAUGCAAUAAAUUGAAACCGGGCUUAUAAACUUGGGCAAAUGUUUUUCAAGUACAAGUAGAUCCCAUUAUUUGUGGUUGAUCUUAUUAUCAUGCUUUUAUAAUAAUUAUUUUAGUAAUUAAGGUUGAAGUUGAGUUUCAAUUUUUUAAUUGAACGUAUGUUUAUUAUUUUCAAACGUUUUAUGACUUGUGAAAAAAAAAAAAUAAGUAUUUUUGGUAGAAAAUUGUGUCCUGGGAAGAGUUUCGAGUUGUUGUUUCAAAGCAAUGAGUUAAAUAAGUACGUAACUUAUGUAACAUAAUUCAUGCCAAAUUUUAACAAACAAUAUUCAAAAUGGCAAUAUAAUAUUACAUAAAAUUGACUAAUGUAAAGAAUUAAAAAAAGGACUUAGAACGUUGAAAAUUGUGUCACCUCUGGAUGGAUAAUAUGUAAAAUUAGACCUUUUCAAAAUUUCACUAUAAAUAAUAGCCACGAUCAGUUGGCAAAGUGUCUAAUAAUGUAUCAUGCCAUUUUUUUUUUAAUUUAUCAAGCUUUUAAAACAUUUCAUACUGUACUAUAAAAGGCCUAAUAAAGUUAUCUUGCAGAAAAAUGUUAUGUGCUAUAUAGGAGAUACGUCAAAAAAGAUUUGACAUCAACUGUGUCGCACUAAGACAAUGUAAUUAAAUAAUAAUUUAAAGUUGUACGCAUUCUGAAGCAGGUUUAUUAGAAACAUUUAAAAUGGAAAUCCGUGUCUUUCAAUAAAACUGGAUCAAG